AUGACUGGUAAAAGAAUUAUUCUGCCGUCAUCUUUUACUGUUGGUCCAAGGGACAUGAAUAAAAGAUAUAUGGAUGGAAUGGCAUUAGUUCAAAAAUUUGGUAAACCAGAUAUUUUCUUGACUAUUACUUGUAAUCCAAAUUGGCCUGAACUAAAAGACCAAUUAAGGUAUAAUGACGAAUCACAAAAUAGACUUGAUCUUUUAACUCGAAUAUUUAGAGCUAAGUUAGAAGAACUAAAAAUUGAUAUAUUCAAAAAUAAAAUUUUUGGUUCUGCAACUGCAUAUAUAUUUGUCAUAGAAUUCGAAAAAAGAGGUUUACCACAUGCUCAUUUUUUAAUCAUUUUAGAUCACGCAUCCAAAAUCAUUGCUUCUAAAUCUAUAGAUAAAUUUGUGAGUGCUGAGAUUCCAGACAGACAAACUUACCCUCAUUUAUACUCUGUUGUUGUUGCUCACAUGAUACAUGGCCCUUGUGGCAUUUUAAAUCCAACAAAUGCAUGCAUGAAUAGAAAUAAACAAUGCAUAAGCCAUUUCCCAAAGGAUUAUACCACAGAGACGUUCUUACGUGAAUUUUCAUACCCAAAGUAUAGACGUGUAAAUAAUGGGAGAAAAGUGAAAGUUAGAGGACAAUGGUUAGAUAACAGAUGGAUUGUACCUUACAAUCCAUAUCUCUUGGCUAAAUUUAAUUGCCAUAUAAAUAUAGAAAUUUGUUCAACCAUCAAAGCUGUGAAAUAUUUGUAUAAAUAUGUAUACAAAGGACAUAAUAGAAUUGGUUUCUCAAUACAUUUUGAAGAACAUGUGGUUGAUAAGAUUAAAAAUUUUCAAACAACUAGAUGGAUUUCUCCUCCUGAAGCAUUAUGGAGAAUUUUUGGUUUCGUUCUUUCAAAAAUAAAUCCUCCAGUUGUUACUCUUCAAUUACACCUCGAAAAUAAUAAUUUCUUUACAUACAAAAGUUCUGACAAUCUUGAGAAAUUUGAAGCUUCAGAGUAUCAAAUGUCUACUCCAUUUCGUUGUCUUUUUGCAACAAUUCUAACUCUAUGUGCUCCGAAUGAUCCAAAAAAUCUAUGGAACAAAUUCAAAAUUUUUAUGAUUGAAGAUUUCAUACGUGCUGAACUUUCUGGUAAAUCCAUUAAUAGCUAUGGCUUUGUAUCAUAUAAUGUACAUCUACAUGAAAAUGAACACGUCGCUAGAGUAAUAAAUGAUGAACUAAGCAUUAAUGUGUCAGAAAUAGAUAUUAUGUGUCCCCAUCAACUUAAUACUGAACAAAAGAUGGCAUAUAAUGCAAUUCUAAAUAAAGUAGACACUAAUGUUAGCAGCAUGUUCUUUGUUGAUGGUCUUGGUGGAACGGGUAAAACCUUUUUAUAUCGUGCAUUAUUAGGUGCUGUGAGGUCAAGACAAAUGAUUGCUUUAGCAACAGCAUCUUCUGGUGUUGCAGCUGGUCUUUUGCCUGGUGGACAAACAACACAUUCUAAAUUUAAAAUACCUCUAGAAAUUUGUAAUGACACAAUAUGUAACAUUAGUAAACAGAGUGCUCUUGCAGGACUUUUUCGAAUGACAAAACUAAUCAUAUGGGAUGAAGCUCCAAUGGUGAAUCGAUAUGUAGUUGAAGCAUUAGAUAAAAUGUUAAGAGAUAUUAAUGAUUGUGAAUUCCCAUUCGGAGGUAAAAUUGUUGUCUUAGGAGGAGAUUUUCGUCAAGUUCUACCUGUAGUUCAAAGAGGUACUAAAGACGAUGUAAUAGGAGUAAGUCUUGUUAACUCUUACUUAUGGCCUUUAUUUACAAAACUAAGAUUAAGUGAAAACAUGAGAGCGCAAUUAAAUACAUCGUUUUGUAAAUAUUUACUCGAUAUUGGAGAUGGAACUACAGAAAAACAUUCAUGUGAUAUGGUACAACUUCCGCCUGACAUAACUAUAGAUUUCGAAGAACACAUCACUUCUUUACAAUCAUUAAUAGAUAUAGUUUACCCAAAUUUAGAUCGUUAUGUUGACAAUCUUCAUUACAUGAUUAACAGAGUUAUUUUAACUUCAAAAAAUGAAUAUGUUGAUGAAAUCAAUAAUUUAUUGAUUAGUCACUUUCCUAGAGACUCUUUCACUUAUUUUAGUUUUGACGAAGCUAUUGGUACAACUGACUAA